UAUGGACAAAAGAACUGCAAGAUCUUCCCAGAGACUUUCCAUCAGUGAAAUGACGAGUAGCAACAGUGGGUAUUCCAAAGGCCGAAACAACAGGUACAUCAAAGUAAAGCCACACAACAGGCUAAGGAACCAGAGCAUCGAUAAAACUUCUACCAGGACAUCAGAGAUGAACAAAAGUGUGGAUGCAGCAACAAUGAGGAAGAGUGCUCACAGCUUCGGUCUCUCCUUCUACAGGCCUCCCAAUAAUGAUUAUAUGUGGAAAUAAAACACCUCAGUACACAAUCUCAGGAGGCAAGGUCGAAAGAUACCUCGACAAGCAUGCUAACAGCCUUAAAAAUAUCCCGUGAUGAACUAAAUACAGUAAAAUCCAUCAAUGGAACAGCAAGUGGAUGGGCCAGUUUAGAAGGCAGAAACGUGUAACCAUGACUCAAUAUUUUAUUGAUAAAGCUAUCCACAUCUCUAGCAAAACUCCUGCUUCGAAUCAAUACAAAACAGACCAGAAGUACAAGAUAAAGGGAAACUACAAAUCAUCACUAGAAAAGUUCUCAGCCAUUGAUUCAAUCACUGAAGAGAAGAAAGUGAUUCCAGCUCCGUCAAAAUACAACUUGAAUCAUAGUUUAACUUUGAGGAAGACAACAGUUGCUAAAAUUCAAAAGGAUAACGGAAAACACAGUAGGAUGGCCAAAAUCACGAAAAACUCCAAGCCAGGACCAGGCAGCUACGAUGACCAGGGCUCUUUAGAGAAAACCCAGUGGAGGCCUCCCCAGGGUGUUUCCAUGAGGAUUAUCAAAGGAGCCUCUAGAUAUCUAGACACCAUAGUGCAAAGGAAGAAGAAAAUCCCGGGUGUUGGUAACUACAAGAACUUAGAAAAAGGGUAUGAUAUAACUGGGUCAGAUGUUGUAAAGAAAAGAAGUAAAUACUAGACAUGUACUAGCCUUUGCAUAGCUUCU